AUGGUGUUUAGACUAACAGUUUGGAAAUCUGGAUCAUCAUAUGGUUCAUUGUUACAAAAUUUAAAAUUAACUGAUUUCAGAAAGGGUAAAUUAAUCGGUUAUACGAAGAGAUCAUUACUAUGUGCUGUGUUGGUUGGCGAUUACUUAUACAGUAAGUUACAAUCGUACUUAUACUCCAUUGAAGAAUCUGAAGCUUCAAGAAAUGUAUCGAAGUUCAGGUUAAUAAAUUCCGUCAAAACCUUUUUCAUAACCCACAAAUCCAAAAUACUUUCAAACUUAAAUGAUUGUUUCAAAUUAUUGAAUUUAAUAAACUUUACAUUAUUUCUAGUCAAUGGUAGAUAUCCGUCUUUAUCUCAUAGACUUUUUGGAGUUUCAUUGACUCCAAUAGUAACAGAUUUAUUAAAGUUUAAUGGUAACAAAGUGAACUUUGAAUUUCAAAACCGACAAUUAGUCUGGAACGUUAUGACAGAAUUUUUGGUAUUCAUUUUACCGCUAAUGCAGUUAGGGAAGUUAAAAAGAAUGACAAAGAAAAUUAUGUCGCCAUACAAGAAGGGUCAAAGACAUGAAACAGGCAAUACUCCAGUAUUUACUCCAUAUACUAAUUUGCCUGUUUCUCAGUGUGCUAUUUGCCACAACAAUAAUGAUAUUGCAGCAACAUCUUCAAAUAAAAAUUCUUCUAUAAAUUCUUCCUGUAUGGUUACAAAUCCAUACGUAACUAACUGUGGUCAUAUCUAUUGCUACAUAUGUAUUGCGACCAAAUUUAAUUCACUUGAAAAUAGUGAUUCUUAUUAUGAAGGAUGUCUUCGUUGUGGUAUGAAAUUGCAAUGGUUCAAGGAACAUGGAGAAAGCGAAGGAGAAAUAGAUGAAGAUGCGAUUAUAGUUCCGUAUGAGGACAGAGAAGAAAGUGAUAAUGAUGACGACGAAGAAACUGUUGAGCAGGAGACCGAGAAACAUAGCAUUGCUAUUGAGCAUGAAACUGAUUACCAGGCUGAUGAGAAGGUGAGACUUUAUCCGAAGAGUGCAACAGAUGAAGAAGAGGAAGAGGAAGCUGCUGAAAACAGCGACUACAGUGAGGGCGAAGAUUUUGACGAAGAUGAGGAUCUUGAAGAUGCAGAUAAUGAUGAUUUUGACGAUAGCGAUUUUGACGAAGGAUUAGAUCUUUAG